UUGUAGCAAAAGAUUGGAAAUUGGAACCACUCUCUGUCGGAGAUUUACCAGCAGAAGCACCAAAAUUUAAGAGAUUUAUUUGACAGCGACGAAGACGAGAUAGAGGAGCCUUAACUACCUCAACGUAACGGGUGCUUAAAGUUUCUCAUCUACACACACAUACCCAAAAACAGUAGCUACUUUCUCUCCCAAAGUAGAAUAACAAAAGCAAAGUCUCGAGAUUAGUAUAUUCCUCUUUCGUUACUUGAUAUUUAUACACAUAGAACCCUCUCCGGCUCAGAGCUCCGGUGCAACUCUAGGGGUCUCAAUUUUCCAUUUUGGUUAUUUGGUUCUAACCCAGUUAAUCAAAGCUGUAUUUUACUGUUGGAACCGUCACAUUUUAAAUCUUGAUAGUAAACAACGAAAGUGAAUAAUAUUUUGAAUUAGUUAUUUCUAAGCAAAUUAGUUUUAGUGCAAUGAGAUCUGCAUUGUGAUCUCUUGGUACUUUAACUUUAAUUGGAUAAUUUUGAUUGAAAAUUUCCAUUACUAAAUAAAAAAUGAGGGGAAGAUCUGAUGGAGGCCAAAAGAAGCGUUUGAUCACUUCCGUGUGUGUUGUCACUUUAUUUCUGUGCUUUAUUUACCUGUACCAUGGAUCAAUUUUCGGCUCUAGCCAUGGUGCAUCAGCUUUGGAAUAUGGCAGCAGAUCCUUAAGAAAACUUGGUUCAUCUUAUUGGGGUGGGGAUGAUUAUGCCGAUGGUAAGCAAGAUGAUUCAACGAAAUUUGGGCGGGAAGACAGGGAAGAUGAUAUUAUACCUAAGAGUUUCCCAGUUUGUGAUGCCCGGCAUUCAGAACUAAUUCCCUGCUUAGACAGGAACCUCAUAUAUCAAAUGAGGUUGAAGCUAGAUCUUUCUUUAAUGGAGCACUAUGAACGGCAUUGCCCUCCUCCAGAAAGGCGGUACAAUUGCUUGAUUCUGCCUCCACCUGGUUACAAGAUCACAAUUAAGUGGCCAAGAAGUAGGGAUGAAGUAUGGAAAGCAAAUAUUCCUCAUACACAUCUUGCACAUGAGAAGUCUGAUCAGAACUGGAUGAUUGUCAAAGGUGAAAAGAUAAACUUUCCUGGGGGAGGCACACAUUUUCACUAUGGAGCUGGCAAGUAUAUUGCUUCAAUUGCAAAUAUGCUCAACUUUUCAAACAAUAAUAUAGAUAAUGAAGGACGAUUACGAACGGUACUCGAUGUUGGAUGCGGCGUUGCAAGUUUUGGAGCUUAUCUUCUUAAUCAUGAUGUUAUAGCAAUGUCCUUAGCACCCAAUGAUGUGCAUCAAAACCAAAUCCAGUUUGCCUUAGAAAGAGGAAUUCCAGCUUUUCUAGGUGUUCUAGGGACAAAUAGGCUUCCUUACCCUAGCAGAUCUUUUGAGCUUGCACACUGCUCUCGUUGUAGAAUAGAUUGGCUUCAAAGGGAUGGUAUCCUACUUCUUGAGCUAGAUCGGGUACUCCGUCCAGGGGGAUAUUUUGCCUAUUCAUCUCCAGAAGCCUAUGCACAGGAUGAGGAGGAUCUCAAGAUAUGGAGAGAAAUGAGUGCCCUUGUGGGUCGGAUGUGUUGGAGAGUAGCUGCAAAGAGGAAUCAAACUGUUGUCUGGCAAAAACCCCUGUCAAAUGACUGUUACAUGGAAAGAGAACCUGGUACUCAACCUCCCCUUUGCCGUUCUGACAAUGAUCCCGAUUCAGUAUGGGGUAAACAAAUGGAAGCAUGCAUCAUACCUUACUCUGACCAUGAUCACAAAGUGCAAGGGAGUGGAUUAGCUCCAUGGCCAGCUAGAUUGAGUAGUGCUCCGCCACGUCUUGCUGAUUUUGGCUAUUCAGAAGACAUGUUUGAAAAGGACAUGGAAAUGUGGCGACGGAGGGUGGAGAGUUAUUGGAAUAUCUUGAGUCCAAAGAUUGAAUCAGACACCCUGAGGAAUUUGAUGGACAUGAAAGCAAGCAUGGGUUCAUUUGGUGCAGCACUGAAGGGCAAGGAUGUCUGGGUGAUGAAUGUUGUACCCGAGGAUGGUCCGAAUACCCUAAAGCUGAUAUAUGACAGAGGCCUGAUAGGCACUAUCCACAACUGGUGUGAAGCCUUCUCAACAUAUCCUCGGACCUACGACUUACUCCAUGCUUGGACAGUCUUUUCUGACAUUGAAAAGAAAGGCUGUAGCGCUGAGGAUUUGCUGCUUGAGAUGGACCGCAUUCUCAGACCCACUGGUUUUGUCAUAAUCCGGGACAAACAGUCAGUGGUAGAUUUCGUAAAGAAGUAUUUAACGGCAUUGCACUGGGAAGCAGUGGCAACUGAUUCUAGUUCAGAUUCAGACCAGGAUGGAGAUGAGGUUGUGUUUGUAAUCCAGAAGAAGUUGUGGCUGACAAGUGAAAGUGUCCGAGAAGCAGAGUAGAUAACAUAUUUGCAUUCAUUCCUAGUUCUCUUUGUAUUCUCUGCUGAUCCGAGGGACGAAGAAGCAUCUCCGGAGCAGUCAUGCAGUAAACAAUUUCAUUUUGUAGCAUUAAGAGAAUGCCACUUUUUUGUUACUUAUAGUUGAUAAGCCAUAAACUACCAGAAUGUAUAGGUUUUCAAUUUUUUUACCUCUAUUGCCGGCUUUUGGUCUAAAUACCCAAUGUAAUCAUCCUUGUUUCAUUUUUUUACCAAGGCUGUACCUUCUUUGAUAAAACAGGAAGGCAAAAAUGAGAGACAAAAAUGGUAUUCGGUUCUGAAAUUUACACUCUUUUUUACAC